GAAGAAAAAUAAUCAUUUACUUCCUUGUCCGUAUUUCGCAACUGGGGCAUUUAACUUUAUUUGUGAACUGAGCCGUCUCAAGGAAGGUCUUUUUAGUGGACAUACAUGUACAUACACACAUUUAUUUCAAAAAAUCUUCAGCGAUGCAGCCAGUGUGUUUCUUGACAGUUUUAUCUUUGUUUGUGACAUCAACAGAGUGUAAAUUUCCCGGAUUAAAGACAAGAAUCACAGACAAGGCACUUGAUUACGCUACAAAUGUUGCCUUGGAUAUCUUGACGAAACAAGUGACAGGUCAACCAAUACCAGAUCAACACGGCAGCUCCGGCGGCGUCAAGUUUGACAUUACAGGAAUAAAAGUAAACCAAUUUAUCAAACCAAGCAGCAAAGUUUCAAUGAUUCAGAAUGUUGGCUUGUCUUGGAGUACAAGUGGAACUCGAUUGGAUCUUCAUGGAAAUUUUCAUUACAAAUAUAAGAAAGGAAUAAUUAAAAUAUCUGACUCCGGAAGCUUUGACCUGAGCGCCAGUAAUAUUGCCUUUCAGCUAAAUAUAGAAAUAGGCGUUGACAAAACGGGUCGCCCAACAAUGAAAUCAGUUGACUGUAACUGCAACGUGGGUUCAGCUAACAUAAAGUUUCAUGGCGGUGCUGCAUGGAUUUAUAACCUGUUUUCUGGAAUGCUGGAAGGCAAACUCAAAGAUAUGAUUGCGGGAAGCAGUGGAAUUUUAUGCAAUCAAGUAAAUAAACUGGUGGACGUUAACGGAAUGGAGAGUUUGAAAAAGUUACCAGUUACAGUGCAAAUUGCAAAACAAUUCCUAUUGGAUUACACUCUUUUAGCAAAGCCAGCCUUUACGGCUAGGUUUAUGGAAACGUACCACAAGGGAGAGGUGUACUGGAAGGCCGAUCCUCGAGAAGCUCCAUUCCCUGUUCCUCCCUUGCUGAAUUUCAACGAUACCUCCAGAAUGAUGUACUUGUGGAUGUCUGAUUUCCUCUUCAAUUCCAUGGCGUAUAAUGCAUACAAAUAUAAUAAACUUCAGUAUAACGUUACCAACAAAGAUCUUCCGUCUGGUGUGUUAAAUACAACUUGUCCAAAAACAAAUUGCAUUGGAAAAUUCAUCAAAGCUAUUGGAGAGAAAUUUCCGAACACAACAGUGAUGUUAUACAUGAAAUCUACAGUGAUGCCGAACAUGACCGUCAGGAAUGGGUCUACCAUGGUAGACGCCUCUGGUGAUAUUCUCUUCUUUGCUCAACAACAAGGCGGGAAAUACAUUUACUUUUUGACGCUUUCUGCGAGAAUGGUAACUAAAGUUUCCUUGACGAUCCAGAACGGAAAAAUAUACGCAAAAGUUUCGGAUUUACCGAUACAAGUGAAAGUGAAAGACUCCAAAAUUGGUGCUUUGUCUACACAGGCAUUAAAUUUCAUCGUCAAAUCUGCUGUUUCAAUGUUUGUGCAACCCAAACUAAAUGAACUUGGAAGCAAAGGAUUUCCUCUUCCAAUCAUUGACUCGGUGCAUUUUGUAAAUACAGAACUCACAUUAGGAAAGGACACCCUUCUGAUUGCUACAGAUCUGAAAUAUGGUGGAUGAACCAAAUAAAAUGAAUUGGAAAAAUUAUUACAAGACGUAUCUCUUUAUAAAAGUUAUAUCCCUUGUGACAAGACAUUUAAUUACAUUGUAUAUGGGUUGAAUGAUGCUUCAUGUAAUGUGGUUUGCGGAUAAGGCCGCGCACCGACAUGAGCAGGGGUGAUAAAAUUGGAAUUUAUUACACAAAUAAACUAUUAAGGUAAUAUCCCAUACUUAUGUUUGAAUACUUUAAGUACCUUUAACCGAUACAUAAUCGAGUUCUUUAAACAUUUCGCAAAUAUUAUCAACGGUAUUUGUACAAUAUCCUUUUCAGCAGACACAAUCUGUCAUGAAGUCGAAUGCAUGCUGACUGAUGUUUUAACAUAGAUUGUAAAUUAAAACUAUUCUAUACACAUGAGUUGUCUACGAAAGUUUGCUCGAUCGAUGGCAAGGAGUACAUGACUGACGUGGACAGGGGAUGUUAGUUAGUAAGGGAAUUAACGUCGCAGCAAUUGCAGAAAAAAAUUACAUAACCAAUUAUGUAUUUUUUCUGCAAUAGCUGCGACAUUAAUUCCCGUACUAACAACCAAAGAAAACAUUUCAUUAUUUGAAUAUUUACAUCUACAGAAUAUUAUCCCACUAUUUCUACAGAACAUCUACAUCUACAGAAUAUUAUUCCCACUAUUUUAAGUGAAACUUGUGAAAAUUUAUGAAAAGCAUACAUUUAAAACUACUUGUAAAUACUUGAACGUGUAAGUAUUUCGGUUUGAUCACGAAUACGUACAUUUCGAUUAAAAUUUCUUUUUUUUUUUCAAUAUUAACAUUGUAAUUAGGUUAUAUACACGAUUUCAUGACUUAAUUAUUGCAUUGAGUAUUUUAAUUUGUAGUUCGUGCCACAUAUCUGUUUGAUUUUAAAAUGAAUUAGAAAAUUGGUUUAAACGUAUUUUAAGCGUUGUUAAUGUUACAUGUACGGAACCUGUAGUAGCAAAGAUAUUGAAAAAAAAAAUAGAUAAAUGUACAUGUAACUGGUUAGAAAAGCAACAUGUUUUAACACGUGCCAAAAUAUAGUCCGACAUACCAUGCAGUAACAAUUCUUUCAUCAAUUUUAAAAGUGAAUAUGAUUCUGAAUUUUAAUUUUUUUCUUUAACCAUGACUUACAUGUAACUGUAUCGUUGUCCAGAAACCUGAGUGGUCAUUGGUCGCUAAACUCUUAGCCAAUAUCUUAUAAAAUUUAACAUAGUUACGUGAAAACAAUAAAGAAAUAAUCGAACUCCGAAA